CUCUUUCUCUCUCUCUCUUCUCUCUUUCUCUCUCUCUAUUUUUUUUUUGGAUUCGGAUCGAUUCUAUUGAUCAUUUUGUUCUUGAUCUUGCAAGGAUAGCAAAUCGGCAAUGUCAUUAUCCGAUUCUGAAUCAUCUUCUCAUGGCUCAGAGUACAAAUUCUUUCGUCAGACCAGCCGUGACCGUUUAUUGCUUGAAAUGCUGGGAUCAACAAGAACCGGGGAUUCGAGAUCGACCUGGAAGGUACUCAUCAUGGAUAAGGUUACAGUGAAAGUCAUGUCUCAUUCUUGUAAGAUGUCGGAUAUCACAGACCAAGGAAUUUCAUUGGUGGAAGAGCUUUUCAAGAGGAGGGAACCUUUACCUUCCAUGGAUGCUAUAUAUUUUAUCCAGCCAUCAAAAGAAAACAUGCAGUAUUGUCAUGUUCUUGUCUGACAUGUCCGGAAGGGAGCCUUUAUAUAAAACAGCAUUUGUUUUUUUCAGUUCACCGGUCCCAAAGGAAUUGGUUAAUCACAUCAAGUCUGAUACAAGUGUGUUACCUCGCAUAGGUGCUUUCAGAGAGAUGAAUCUAGAAUACUUUCCGAUAGAUAGCCAGGCUUUUACCACUGACCAUGAAGGAGCACUGCAAGAACUAUAUGGUGCAAAUGCUGAGAACUCUCGCAAAUUUGAUGCUUGCUUGAAUGUGAUGGCUACUCGAAUUGCAACAGUUUUUGCUUCAUUGAAGGAAUUUCCUCAUGUGCGAUAUCGUGCUGCCAAGGCAUCAGAUGCAUCUGAAGUAACAUUUCGUGAUACAGUACCUACAAAGCUCGCUGCUGCUGUUUGGAACAGUCUUUCAAAGUAUAAAUCCAUUCCUAACUUUCCACAAACUGAGACUUGUGAACUGCUCAUCCUGGAUAGAUCUGUUGAUCAGAUUGCUCCUGUCAUACAUGAAUGGACUUAUGAUGCCAUGUGCCAUGAUUUACUGGAUAUGGAUGGAAAUAAAUAUGUUCUUGAGGUUCCUAGCAAAAUGGGUGGUGAACCUGAGAAAAAGGAAGUUAUUCUUGAAGAUAAUGAUCCAGUCUGGCUCGAGCUUCGCCACGCCCACAUAGCAGAUGCUAGUGAACGUUUGCAUGACAAGAUGACCAACUUUGUGUCAAAGAAUAAAGCUGCACAAAUGCAAUCUGCAAGAGAUGGUGGUGAAAUUUCAACCCGAGAUAUGCAAAAAAUUGUUCAGGCUUUACCUAAAUACAAAGAACAAGUUGAGAAGCUUUCUCUUCAUGUUGAGAUAGCUGGAAAAAUUAACAAAAUCAUCAGAGAAUUGGGGCUUCGAGAACUUGGGCAACUAGAGCAGGAUCUUGUUUUUGGAGAUGCAGGAGCUAAGGAAGUUAUCAACUUUAUCAGGAUGAAUCAGGAUGCAUCUCCUGAAAAUAAGCUUCGUUUGUUGAUGAUUUAUGCAUGUGUAUAUCCUGAGAAAUUUGAGGGUGACAAAGCUUCAAAGCUAAUGCAGUUGGCUAGAUUAUCAGAAGAAGAUAUAAAGGUUGUGAAAAAUAUGCAACUGAUUGUGGGAUCACCUGUCACCAAAAAGGCAACAAGCAGUUUCUCUCUCAAGUUUGAUAACCAGAAGACAAAGCAGGCAGCCAGAAAGGAUCGAACUGGUGAGGAAGAAACAUGGCAACUAUUUCGAUUUUAUCCCAUGUUAGAGGAGCUUAUUGAAAAGGUUAGCAAAGGUCAAUUGGCAAAGAAUGAGUAUUCAUGUAUGAAUGAACCAAGUUCAACUGUUCAGGAGACAACUACCAAAGCGUCAGCACGAUCAAGCAAUGCUCCAGUUGCUCCAGAAAAAAAAACUCCUCAUUCAAUGAGAUCAAGACGAACUGCAACUUGGGCAAGGCCUAAUCAUUCUGAUGAUGGAUAUUCCAGUGAUUCGGUCUUGAAGAAUACAUCACUAGAUUUGAGGAAAAUGGGAAAGCGUGUUUUUGUAUUUAUCAUUGGUGGGGCAACUCGAUCUGAGCUACGAGUUUGCCACAAGCUCACAACCAAACUCGGAAGGGAAGUUGUUCUAGGUUGUACUAGUUUGGAUGACCCUCCACAAUACAUAACGAAAUUGAAGAUGCUAUCAGAAACCGAAGUCCAACAACAGGAUGGCCCCAGAUUUUUUUUUUAACAUGGACCGAGUACUUUUACCCAGUUCCUCUAGGAUUUUUUGUAAUAGUGAGCAUGAGGUUUCUUUUUCUUGCGACUCCCAAACUCUCUCAGUAGAACGAUCAAACGUUCAUGCUUUAUAGAUAAGAAGGAGGAAGAUUGAACAAGGCCGGUUUUGUUCGUCAAGAAUCACGACCUAGCAGCAACAAUAGCUAGAGACCAGCCACAAUUUCCAUCCGGCAAUCAUGGUCUUGUCUUAACUCUUCAGCAUUCCUGAAUAAUUUUUUCACAUCAGAAAGACAUGGAGGAGGGGAAGAAAUGUAAUUUGUAAUCCAAAAUUCAUUUCAAGGGGCUUCAGGAUGCCCCAUGGAAGUUGAAUCAGCCCAUUUUGUGGUACAUAUUGUAACUACUGUAGUAAUACGCCGUUUUUGUUUAGGCUAUAUAAGUACUGUUUCUGGAAGAGAAGAACACAUGCCUAUAUGCUUAAUUCCUCGAAUGUAUUUACACAUUGGUAUUGCAUCCUCAGAUGAUGUUUCCUAUUUUUUCUGUCAAAUUAACUACAAAUUUUAUUUCA